UAGCCAGUGGUGGCUGUAAUGUCGUGGAUGAGAUUUCAUUUCACCAAUAUUACAGAAACAAUGAUCGCGACCACCCGACGUACCAUGAUUUUCUCAACGUAUCCAUCAUGGACUUACUAGUUGACCAGUUCACGAUGGCCAGAAAGCUGAUGGCGGACAACAACUGCAAUAAACCAAUACGACUUGGAGAAUCGUCCAGCGUGUCUGGAGGAUUGGAUCAUGUAGCCGAUCGAUUCGUCGCUGGAUUCUUAUGGCUGGAUAAACUAGGUCAAUGUGCCCUUCACGCAAUCACUCGAGUCUACCGAUUUAACGUCUGGGGAGGGAGUUACUCACUUCUGAACCGUACAACUUUUCUUCCAAAUCCUGAUUACUAUCUGACUUUGUUGUAUAAAAGAUUAGUGGAAGGAUACACCUUCAAUGCUUCAUCAAAUGCUCCAUACAUCCGGGCGUAUGCCAACUGUGCUAAACCUCAACGAUACACGCCUGGUGCUUUGGUGGUGUACAUGGUCAAUGUCAAGGACGAGCCUGUGACCAUCAACCUACCACAGUUUAGUGGUCAAGCAGUGGACGUUUAUUGGUUUACCUCAGGGGGCGAGGAUGUAUUAAGCCUAGACAUCAGACUCAAUGACGUCUUAAUGGACAGCUCGGGAAAGAAUGGCAUUAGCUUCACCCCGAAAAGCAUUCAAGGCUCCAUAGAAAUGCCAGCAUUGAGUUACGGCUUUAUUGUCAUUCCUGACGCCAAUGUUGAAAAGUGUCGUGAUCAACCUCCCACGACGACUCCUAGAUCUAGAGCUUUAGUCACUAAACACUAUGAAUACUCUAGAUCUAGUGGUGCUGCAUUAAAAAUGUGGUUUGUCAAGCUCUGUUUGACAUUAUACUUCAUUGUUAUGUAGCGAGAACCUUGCUAGUUGCCGUUUUGCUGAUAUUAAUAAACUGAUUUUUUUAAAACUAUAAAAAAUAAUAUUCAGAUUAAACGAAUGAAUAUUUAGUUCACCGGGUAGAUGCAAAGUAGCCAUGCUUCGAUACGUUUAAAACUUGAUUAUUUUUAAGGAAUAUUUCUCGCAUCUCAAAUGAAACGGAUCAAAUAAAAAUAAAAUCUACUAA